AUGGUUCUCUUCUCUAGUUUUUGCAUUAUUGAAGGCCCAGAGACAAUACAAGACUUCGUUCAGAUGCAAUCACAAGAGAUUCAAGACAACAUCAAGAGUCGGCGCAGCAAAAUAUUCCUUUUGAUGGAAGAGGUCAGACGACUGCGGGUGCAGCAGCGAAUCAGAGCUGCUGAAAGCAGAUGUUCCAGCAGUGAAGAAAAUGAGAUGCCGGAGAUGCCAUCUACCAUUCCGUUUUUGCCUUAUACGUCACCAAAGACAAUGAAGCAACUCUACUUGACAUCAUUCUCUUUCAUAUCUGGGAUAAUCAUUUUUGGUGGCUUAAUAGCCCCAAUACUUGAACUGAAAUUAGGGCUUGGUGGUACCUCUUAUGAAGAUUUUAUACGGAACAUGUAUUUACCUCUUCAGUUAAGUCAGGUAGAUCCCAUAGUGGCGUCCUUUUCAGGUGGUGCAGUUGGUGUAAUUUCAGCCUUAAUGUUGGUUGAAGUGAAAAAUGUGAGGCAGCAAGAAAAGAACAGAUGCACAUAUUGCCAUGGGACAGGAUACCUGCCAUGUGCCCGUUGCUCUGCCAGCAAAAUGUUGUUGGGCACCAAACGCUUUUCACUUUCUACAACUGAACGCUGUUCCAAUUGUUCAGGAGCUGGGAAGGUGAUGUGCCCAACAUGCUUGUGCACGGGAAUGGCAAUGGCAAGUGAGCAUGACCCACGUAUAGAUCCCUUUGACUAA